CGACAGGAAACGCAUUUAGACGGUACACAGAAUCUUUGUAGCCUUAGCAGCCCCACAACCACCAAGUUCUCCUCAAUUCUCCUCAUGAAUUGACCUACCGCCCAAAUGUGGCGUGCAGUGGCACCCGACCAUAUGCGGCUGACCACAGUAGUGGGCCCCCGGAUGGGAUGGUAGCUCCAGGGGUUGAAGGGACUUUGCUUUAUUACCGGAGCCUGCGCGAUGUUACGUCCACCUGCACAACUUGGCAGUCUGCAUGGCAUUGUCAAAUAAGCAAUCAACGAUGGACCCCGCGACCAACAGUAUAGCCAGCAGCGCCCCAGACCAACGCCAGCUUCGCUUGAUCGCGGCCGCCGCGCAACUGAACGAAGCGCGCAUCCGCGACAUCCUCUCCGAAGACCCCAACAGUUGGACCUCCGCCACCGACCGCGAUGCCCUCCGUCAAUCCCUGCAGAAAGUCGCCGCCCGCGGCAAACUCGACCUCGUACGCCUCCUGCUCUCCCACGGUGCGGACCCUGAUGCCAAACCCGGACGCGACAACGAGAUCCCCGCCGUCUUCAAGGCAGCCGAAGGGGGGCAUGCAGCCAUAAUCACGGAGCUGAUCGCGCGCGGCGCCGACGCAAACUGGAAACAUGCGAGGACUGGGCAGACGGCGCUCUUCGCGGCAGCAUGUCGGAGUCACGUUACAGCAAUGGGCGCGCUGCUGGACGGCGGCGCAUCCAUCGAGAUCAGGGACAAGGACGGGCGCACACCACUACUGUACCUUGCCUCGGACAAGAAGGCUGGGAAGUGCUCGGCGGAGACUCUAAAGCUGCUGGUGGAUCGAGGCGCCGACUUGGAGGUUAGGGAUCCUAUCAGUCGCACACCUCUGGUCUGGGCUGCUACAACUGGCAAUCUGAAACUGUUGGAUAUUUUUACAAGCGGGUGUCUAGGUCGAAGGGCAGACAUGACGGCGACAAACAACCGGGGGAGGACAGCGUUACAUUUGGCGGCCGAGCAGAAUCAUCCGGAAAUGGUCAGAUUGCUACUGGAGAGAGGAGCGGACCCAAGCGCUGUCAGCGAUGGCGGUUGGACGGCACUACACAAUGCGGCCCAGGGAGGACACACAGAUGUCAUUGCACUGCUGUUACAAGCAAGGGGGGUCGAUGUCAACGCGGAAUUGAACAACGGCAUGACACCACUACACUGGGCCGCUUUCAAUGGGCACGAGGCGGCUGUGGUUCUACUACUGGAUCAUAAGGAUACCAAGGUUGACAUUAAAGACGGCUUCUACCGGACUCCUCUGUUGUGCGCUGCCGAGAAAAGACAUGGGAAUAUUGUACAGCUACUCUCACCCGCGAGAGCUGCAUCCAGGCUUUCGGACGCGGCGCGGCGUGCAUGUGAGAGUUUCCAAGCUACUGUGGUGGAUUUUGGAGACUUUCGAGAUGGUAAGAAGCAACUGGUGUUCAAGCCAUCUGUAUUUGAGUUGCUCUACGGGUGGGACCACGAGAACGAUAAGCCAACGAUCCCGACCUCGACCAAAAACAUCAAGUACGAACCUUCCUUUCGGUGGAUUCACCUCCCGGCCAACAACCUCGCUUGGGUGGAGACUCUGGUGUCCAAGUUUUUCAUUGAGAAUGGGCACCGCGACAUUGAGGCUUUCAAGUCACUGGAGAGGUGCUUUGACCAGGAGCACUGCGGGCCAUUUGCACACGCCAACUUUAUGAGAACUUUUGCAGCCCGCAUCCCGGCAAUUCAGAAUCAUGGGUACCUUGACAGGGAGGAAAAGACGCUCGUGGCACUGUCGGAGGAUACUUCAGAGGUUACAAUCGAUUCGCCAAGACCAGACAAGGGUUACAUUUCACCCACAAAGCCUCCAAGAUCAGAUACUAGCAGUACAAAACCAAUCUCAAGGACAGAUACGGGUACAACGGCCAAGUCUGACAAAAAGAAGAGCAAAGGUGAGCAGUUUGUAGAGCGGCAUGGACCUGCCAAAAAGAGAGCACGUGGGCCUCCCGGGAAUGCCCCUGGAACCAAGGCUCGUCAUAGCAGUUUGUCAUUGCCUUUGCCUUGGGAAAAUUCUCGACUGGCAGCUCCAAGCGGGCGGAUAAUUUUGUUUAUGCCUUUUCUCCAUUAUGAAACCAACGAAAGGCGCAAGAAAAUGACCGCAGCCAUCAAACUCGCCGAGUCUGGCGCACCCCUACCUCCAAACCCCUGUUGCGACGAGCUUCUCAUCCACGGAUACAUCAACAACAACCCACCUUUGCAUCCAAGACGUACCCUCGAUCAAUUCUUCUACCAUGGCAUCGAUACAACCCUCCGAGAUGAAGACCAAGUUGUAUACAGAUACUGUAAACUACACCGCCAAGAAAUAAAAGUCUUUAUGGUGGACCAGCUCUGGUUAUGGGUGCUCAGUCGAGAUCUCGUGAUAACAUGCUUUCCUCAGCGGUGGGAUCAACCAAAGCUGGAUCCGUUAAACAUGCUAGACGGUAUCAUAGAGGAAAUAAACGCCAAGACUCGACCUCCAGUACAAACAGUUUACGACCUCGCCAUGCUCAUCACGAAUCGAUGCGCCGGACUGUUUGACCGUCACAGGCUUGACAGUCAGGAAUUUCAGUUCUUGGACAUUUUUGAGAGUUCCGUCGGCAGGGUGACCAACCGAGAGAGUGAAUUGUUUGUCCGCUUCAAUCGCGCGUCGGAACUGUCUGGAAGGCUGAGGAAGAAACUGGCAGGGCGUGCUCCCAGACUUGAUAACGACCGAGACCCAGCCGAUGAGCUUUUGGACAUUGGCAGUGAGACGGAGCUGUUGGCUGAGAUCAAGGACAUACGGGAUGAGCUCAACAUCCUUCACACUGUAUUGAAUGGACAAUUGAUUGUGCUGGACGAGUUUGAACGACAUAUUACUGACGAGGUACGGGCUUCGACGGCGGCGGAUCCUUCGGCCAGGAGGACGACCGACAUGUUUGUGGCCGACUGCAAGCGACGGUCCAAGGAUCAAAGGCGACUGCUAGAGACGCACCUGGAGGACAUUGUCCGAAUCAACAGACAAUCUGAAAGCAUUUACCACUCUCUUACGAACCUCCUCGACCUCAAGCAAAAGCAUAGCAACGCCCUCGAGGCAAGAUUCGCCCGAGACCAAGCUGUGAUAGCCGCACGACAAGGCCAGACGGUCAUGGUGUUUACUCUCGUGACUAUCGUCUUUCUGCCCAUGAGUUUCAUCGCCGCCUUCUUUGCCAUCAACUUUCGAGAGUGGCAAGAUUCCGAAGGUCAACCUGGCCUUAGCAUCGGCUUUGCCAGUAAAUACAUGUUUGGCAUCGGGCUGGGAAUAUCGAUUCCUCUGAUCAUCGUGGCCUUCACUGUCACAGACGUUGUGGAUUCAGUACAGGGGUUUGUAAGCAACCUGGCUCGACCGAAGAGCAAACCCGAGGACCCGCAACCCGAAGUUAGGCGCUUGUCUACUCGACAUCAACAAUCUUUCAACUUGGAGAUGAACGGGCCGCGAAGGAAGGCUGCUUAUACAGGUCUCUCCCCUCCUCCAUCAGCAGGGAGUCCGAUAUCACCCAUGCCGAGUCCUUAUAAUGCACACCGACUCUCGCACCCAAUCCAGGGAACUGGGUACAGACCUCGAUCUGGUAGCGGCAUCUCUUGGGCACCUCGAUCAAGUUUUGAUCGACGAAAGGCCGACGGGGAUCUUGAAAGGGGUGGUUACCGUUAAUGUUUUCACGUCUUUAAUUAUCGUUUAUAAAACCCUUGUAUAACCGGAAAACUUAGAACCUUUGUAAAAUUUAGUUUUUAUUUUGUUUUUUUCGGAUAUUAAUAACGGAUGAAAAGUUGAUAAUCGAAUUGGG